GCGGCUGGUCCCGCAUGGUGGGGUAGACGCGCCGCCGCCGCCAGGGCCACCAGGGCCGCAGCCGACGGGGACGGUUCCGUUAACCGAGCGGGGCGGGGAGAGGAGGGCGGGGGGAUCAUGGCUGCGUCGCUGACCGCGGCGUGCCGCAGCCUGGCCCUCUCGACGUGGCUCCUCUCCUUCUGCUUCGUGCACCUCCUGUGUCUGGACUUCACCGUGGCCGAGCGGGAGGAGUGGUACACCGCCUUCGUCAACAUCACCUACGUGGACCCGGCCACCGCCGAGUUCCGCACCGAGAAGACGGAGUGCGGCCGCUACGGGGAGCACUCCCUGAAGCGGGACGCCCGCGGGGUGGUGGCCCUGCCCGCCGCCCCGCACGACAGGCAGGCGUGCGACGCGAACACGCGGUUCUCGGUGCCGGCUCCGGCCGGCCCGUGGAUCGCCCUCAUCGCCCAGGGGAACUGCACCUACAAGGACAAGAUCCGCCACGCCGCCGGCCAGAACGCCUCCGCCGUCGUCAUCUUCAACGUGGGCUCGACCAACGCCAACGACACCAUCACCAUGCCACAUCCAGGUACCGGGGAGGUGGUGGCCAUCAUGAUCCCAGAGCCCAAAGGCCGUGAGGUCGUGUCCCUGCUGGACCGGAACGUGACAGUUACCAUGACGAUCAGCAUCGGGACGCGGAACCUGCAGAAGUAUGUGAGCCGGACCUCCGUGGUGUUUGUGUCCAUCUCCUUCAUCGUCCUCAUGAUCAUCUCCCUCGCCUGGCUCGUCUUCUACUACAUCCAGAGGUUCAGAUACGCCAACGCACGAGACCGAAACCAGCGUCGUCUUGGUGAUGCAGCUAAAAAAGCCAUCAGUAAGCUGCAGGUUCGGACCAUCAGGAAGGGCGACCAGGAGACGGAGGCUGAUUUUGACAACUGUGCCGUCUGUAUUGAGGGCUACAAGCCCAACGAUGUGGUCCGCAUACUGCCCUGCAGGCACCUGUUCCAUAAGAGCUGUGUGGAUCCGUGGCUGUUGGACCAUCGUACGUGCCCCAUGUGCAAGAUGAACAUCUUGAAAGCCCUCGGCAUCGCUUUGAAUGCCGACUGUCUGGAUGACCUUCCUCUGGACUACGACCUAGCACUGGGUGUGGCGGGGGUGGGGGGUGUCGGUGGUGUUGGGGUGGGGGCUCUGGCUCUGGAGGCCGUGGUGUCAGGGGCAUCUAGUGACGGCACCCUGAGCGAGGGCAGCUCCUCUGUGGUCCUGGACCCGGGUGUCCGCCGAGUCGGGCUGCCGCAGGACUACCAGGACCCCGACACACUGAGAGACAGUCCUGUUACUGCCACUACAGACACACACACUGGUGAACUCCAGCCUCUGGCCAGCAGUGCCUCGGUGGCGUCCCUGGUCAUUGCCGUGGAAACGGGCCUGUCGGACGAGGAGGGGUCUGUUGAACCAUCUCCAAUAGGGGACAAGUCCUGAGAGGAGCCCAGCAGAACCCAGCCAGAACCACACCCACAACGGACCGGACCCAAAGAUCCAUGUAAACAGGGUGCCUAAGAAUGACAUGCUCGCUGGACAGGACUAAGGUUGACCCCAGCUAGAACCAGAAUUACAUUCUGGUGUCGACAAUUUUUUUUUUCCCAUUUACAGUAAACCAGAACCAAGGCGCCCAGCAGGGAUUAAGUUUACCUUUCCUGGACCUUAGGAGGGUCAAAACUACCAGGAGCCCGAUUUUAUGAGACCACAUGAGAACAAGGUUCAGAUUGUAACAGGAUGGGACGUUGUGGACGUGUGUGAUACGUAGAACUGUGGUGGUUUUGAAUCGGCACCAAACCAGAGCCAAACUGAACUUUGACCCAGGUAGAUUAGAGUGGAACUAUGACAGGAGUCUGGAUUUUGAUGAAGUUUACCUAAGUUUUCUAAGUAGGAUGGACCUCCAUCUUGCCAAUAAGUUUCUAAAUUAAAAAUGGACCGGUGGGGAAACUCUGGCUAACCUAUUUUUUUUCUCAUUUUUUAUGUCCACCUGGACCUGGGCUAGCCAUUCAAGAAUACCUAGUACAUGUUAGCUUGCCUCUAACCUGGAUUUAACCUUGAGUUUACUUGGGUCAGAACUGGAGUUUACCAGGAGUUUGACCCUGAUCUGGCUGGGACCUAACGUCCUGUUUCCAUCUACCUGUCCGUCAAUUCCCUGGAAAGAUUAUUGCAGAUGCACAUUCAUCUGGUCCGUCACGCAGGAAGUAGCUUGACCUGUUUACGUCUGAGGUUCUGCACCUCCCACUGGGUCUAUGUGUCACACCUCAUACCCACAUCCAAAUACUGAGAUUGAAGAAACAUCUUCAUUUUGAGAAUCACAGAAGUUGCGAGGAUGCCUGAUCCCUGAAAGAUUUCACUUCCACCCGAACAGAAUGGCUGGGAUUUGAAUCCAGAACCCCGGCAUGAGAAUACCUCCCUGCUUGCUUAAGUAGCAGACGUCACUCAUUGGAUGGGAUUUUAAGACUGAGCUUCCGAAGUUGUUCCAGUCUGCCAUCUUUCUCACUCUUCUAGUAAGUUCACUGGACCGGAUAAAGUCUGAGUCUGUCCAACAUAAAAGGUUACAAGGUCACCUGAAGCUGACUGAUCCCACCAAGCAGAACUAGAGAGCAGGGGAGGUUUGGAUCUAUUACGUAGUGUGAUUUACCUCCGUGGGUCAUGUGCUGGAGCUGAUUCAAGAGAUCAGGGCCUGGAUUUCUUGCUCUAUUUGUAUAUUGGUACCUGUGCUGGUUGAGCACGGAAUGGACCUGUCUCGGAUAUAACCUGGAAUGUUGUAUUACCUGGUUCUCCAGGUACAGCUGCAGGUUGACACAUUGUACCUCGAGUGCAAUCGCUCAAACCUGAGGAAUUACGUUUCUGGUUAUUAUUAUUAUUAUUA